AUGGCAAUUACACCUCGUUCUAGGUACAGAGACCAAGACGAUGACUUGAGCUCAGAUGAUUCGUUUGAUUGGAGCAGUGAUUCUGCACCAAAGACCAAGAAAAAGACCACUAGAAAAGCAGCUGCCGUUGCCACCACCAGCAAAACUUCUUCAGCCAAGGGACCUAUCAAGAAGGCAAAGAAGCCAGGAAGAAAGCCAUUGGAAUCUGUUACUGUACUGCCAUCUGAUCCAAAGUCGAAACGAAAGGCACAGAAUCGCGCAGCACAACGAGCAUUUAGAGAGCGCAAAGAGCAGUUUGUCAACAAGUUACAAGAUCAAAUGCGUGAGCUCCAACAAGCUAAAGAAAAGCGCGAGAAGGAAUUGUCUGCUGAGAAUGCUCGACUCAAGAGGGAAAAUGAAAAACUCAAGGAAGAAAACUACUUGCUAAAGGAUGCUCAUUUUACAUUUCAAUUCUCGGCAGCCAAGGAGAAAGAUCAAGAUGUGGAUGGGCAAACAGAGAGCAAGGUUCAAUCUACACCGAUGCCGUUGGUCUCACCACCAAACACAGACGAUCAAACCAUGCUGUCCUCGCCUGACAUGGAUAAUCAAUCACAGGCAGAUAAGUCCAUGUUCAGUUGUGGCUGUGAAGACAGUAGCAAGUGUGGUGAAUUAUCGGAUUCUCAAGGCGGUAGUACAUCGGAUUCUGCCCGCUCCAUGCCAGAAACAAGUUUUAAUGUAGCAACCGAGACCAAAGAGCCUGAGUUUACUUUCAACACCACCACAGAUCAAAAUUCAUUCAGCCUGUUACAACAUGGUAAAGAGAACCCAUUUUUGACCCCCUCUUCCAAUGAAGCCGACUUUUUGAUACAGAAUGAACCCUUACCAGCACUCUUCGGCGCAGAGAUGGAUUUUUUUGGGGCUCCUGACUUGACCAAUUAUGAAGAGAACAGUGAACUGGAUGCUUUUUUUAGUGAACAAAUGCAGGCACUAGUAGAUCAAGAAGCCCUGCUCAAAUGUGCGCCUGAGAAUGAGAAACCUUGCAAGAAGAAGGUGUUGGGUAUGCUGCGUCGUUCUCGAGGAGCCAACCGUUCCAUUGCUCAGAUCAAUCAGGAUGUAAAGAGCUAUUGCCCUGAUUUUAACUUGGAUCAAUUGUGUCAAGAUUUGAAAAAGAAAAUUACAUUUGAGCCUCAUCAUACCUUGACAGAAGACGAUGUUGAUUUAUACAUUGAAUGUAUUCAACGACAUGCUUAG